AUGUAUGACUAUUUUGCGGAGUUUUUGGUGGAAUGGUUGACAGUGAAGGGCAUGCAGUCGUCCGGGCAAUAUGGUAAAAUAUGGAUCGAUGUGGAAAGAGUAUUCAAAGACAUGCUUAAAUAUAUUACGAAGGAUUCAAGUGAAAUAAAGUUGCUAUGCAGUGAAUAUGGGGACGACACCAGCAUGAGUGAACGUGUUAAGAAUAGAGGGAAGGAAUUAUGCAAAAUGUUAAUAAGAAUAAUCUACUGGAUUGGGGGGCUAAUAGAGAAGUGGGAUGCAGAGAAGGAUUUUCACUGGGGGAAGAGGGAUGAUAUAAAAACCGAGGAAUGGAAGGUAGAGGCAUACCUUAGGUGUAUAUUAGGCAAAAUACUUAUUGCGAAAAUGUUCGCGAAUCAUUGCGAUAUGGAGGGGGUUGCUGGAAUAGUAGAGCAAGCAGUGGGCGAAACCUUAGAGUGGAGAGGUAUCAAGGCAGAGCAUGAGGAAUGUAGCGGAAUAGAUUUCGGAAGUAUAAGAAUAGGCCAUGAAUUCCUUUGGGAACGGAUGGAUGAAUGGUUAAGGGAGAGUGGAAAUGAGAAGAAUGAUUUGGAAAAAAUAAAGAAGAAUGGGGAAGCGUGUGAGGAAGGUAGUUCCAGUAGGAGAAGGAGUAAAGACACAGGGGAAGAGCAGAAGAACACCAUGAAAUUAUUAGGAAAAGGGGGUCCGAAGGAAUGGCAGGAAUUAAUGAGGAGGAGGGAUCAAUUCCCAAAGGGAAACUUACAGGGAAUAUUGGAAGCUGUAAGUAGUAAGGGGAAGGAUGAAGUGAAGAGUACAGUGGCACAGAAAAUACAGGAAUUGGAAUCAAAGGAACAGAAGGAACAAGUAUCGAAGGCAUCAGAAGCUAGAAGUGACCCUGAUAGGGAUCAACCCGUAUCAGCUGCGGGACCACGUGCUACUCCUCAAGCACCUGUCGGACCAUCCAAACAAGGUGAUGAAGACUGUAUGGCUAAGGAUAAAUUAUGUCAACGUACAAAUUGUGUAGCAACUAAUUGGUUUAAGGAAAGAAUAUUUCCAGAUGGGACAGGGAAGCAGACCUGGUGUACAUUUUGGGGGUGGGAUGUCACGAAAGAAUUAGAGAGACUGUCUGUGGAUAUAACUAAUAGUAAUAGGGACGCUGAUAAUUUAUGCGAGAAAAUUGAUGGAAAGGAUACCACACUGAGUGAAGCACAAAAAGCAGCAUGCAACCUUAUUGUUAGGGGUCUAAAACAUAUAUACAGCAUUGAGGUGGAUUUGAAAAAUACAAAGGGUAAAAAUGAACAAGAAAUAAGGAAAAGGAAAAACAACAGGCUGCUUUAUCAAACUAUGUCAUGCCUAUUCCUUAACGCCUAUGCUGAUAGAUUGAAAGAAAAGAAUCCUAUUUGUAUCACAGAAGAAAUCAUAAGUAAGGCAUUUAGUAAAGGAAAUGGAAGGAGUGAUACUUGGUGUAAGGAGUAUCCAUGUGCUGAGUGCAAAAGGGAUGAGAACUAUGGAGCUUGUAAAUUGAACACGGAUACAAGUCUCUGGAACACAAGCAACUGCGAUGAAGACAGAAAUAAGAUAAGGGGAAAGUUGGAUGACAUGCUGAAAGAGAAUCAAAAAAUAAUGAGUACUCUAAGUACUAUAAAUAAUAACUUAUGUGAACGUGCAAAGUGCGUAACAGUUAAAUGGUUUGAAAACAGAAUAGGUGGGGAAGGAACGGGGCAAAUUAAACAAGACUGGUGCACAUUUUGGGAUACAGACGUUAAGAACAGAUUGGGGAAACUGUCCAGUGCUAUGAGCAGUGUAAGCGCAGGCGUCGAUAAUCUAUGCAAAGACAUUGGGGAAAAAGAUGGAACAUCUCCAGGAGCAAAGAAACAAGCUUGUGAACUCAUCGUUCGGGGUUUAGAACGUAUAUAUAAAAUUGCAAAAGGGACAGUAGAUAGCAAUUUGAAGGGGGAUGCAAAAGAAAAGAAAGAAAGGGAGGUUGCUGAUAACCUCAUAUUUCACCGAACUUUCUCUUGUAUCCUGCUCAAUGCCUACGCAGAUAUGCUGGAAAAGCUGUCUUGUGUAGGCGAGGAUGUUAUAAAUGAAGCCUUUGAAAAAAGUGAACAAAUUAAAAAUGGAACAGAUCCAUGUAAGAGUGAUCCUAAUUGUGUUACUUGCACAAGGGAUAAAAGUUAUGAAACUUGCACAGUAGACGCGGAUAAAAAACUGUGGAAAGAAAAAAAUAAUUGCCAAAAUGACAAAGGUAAUGUAAGGAACAAAGUCGAAGGACUGUUCAAGAAUAAUGAUGCCAAUAUAAAGGGAGCUGUGGAAGCAAUAAAUAACAUAUGUCCCAAACCAUCUUCUGCUCCCAGACCACAAGCUGCCAAACCAGCAGCACCAGCACCUGAAGGUAGGAGGGAUAAUUCGGGAGGGGAGGAUCUUCCACCAGGAAAACCACCACCACCAGAUAACCCUCAACAGGGAGUCCCUCCCGCAUCACCCCCAGGGAAAAAUUCUAAUACGGGGAAACCAGGUAAGAGCACACAUUCUCCAGAAUCAGCAUGUCCCAAGGGUGAUGGACUCCCUUCCUGUGAUGAUGACAGUAUAUAUCCGACACUCAGGAGUGAGGAUGAAGAGGAAGACGAAUACCAGCGUAUAUACGGCGGAGCAUCACGUGUUUCUGUUGUUACCAUCCCUACUGCUACCACUACAGACCCUGAACUUAUAGACCCUACAGGAGACCCAAGAAGUGGAAGUCCAGGUGGGAAGACACGUCCCGCCCCUGAUCAAGCUACAGUAACACAAGGACCUGAACAGGGAGCUACUUGGAAAUCUGAUGCUGAUAUCCAAGGUGCUAAGGACGUUAAUUUACCUAAACCUGACGACAAAGGAUCCGACCCCCGGGUGCCGGGUCCUGGUCCCGUGGCCGACCCUUCUUCUACGGGUAUCCAACAGACGCAACCUCCCUCUGGUGCCGGUGUUCCAGGAGCUGUUAGUCCUGCUGCUAGUGGUGAUGACAGUGGUCGCAUCACAGCCGGGGCCAUCCCCAUUACCGCCGACACCAUUAUCACCAUCAUCAUCACCUGGAAGUGCUUCGAGAACAGGAAGAGGUGGUACAGUAACAAGAAAGGGAUCGACCCUUCCGACCUACUUACCCCAUACCUUCCUACCAUUCCUGUUCUAAUUGGCACUUCUGUCAUAAGCUAUCUCCUUUGGAAGUAUUUUUUCCUCGGUAAGCGAAGAAAACGUUACAAAAGAGCUCAUCAAGUACGUGGACCAUCUUCUUCAGAAGAACAACUCCUUGAUCAUGUGGACGACCAGGCAGAUGGUCCACAUGAAUAUACCUUAGUAAAGGAACGACAUCCACCAAGAUCUGCUCCAACGGGAAGAACAAAGAGAUCAAAAAAACGGGGUGUUGGUCCUCGUGGUGUAGGUUGCCGCACGAUUAUUGAUAUUCAUUUAGAAGUCUUAGACGAAUGUCAAAAAGGGGAUAUGGCAUUAACGAAGGAAGAUUAUUUCACCAUUCUUGUUCAAGAAUUUAUGGGAAGCGAAUUAAUGAAGGAGGAACCUGUUCAUAAGGAAGAGGUUCCAAGUUCAGAUUCUGGGUUUAAGGAGAAAGACUUUGUUCCUAAGGAAGACUUUCCUAAGGAGUAG